AUGCACCUCCCACCGCAGCCGCCCUCACCGGCGCACAAGACGUUUGCGUCGAGGUCCUCGACCCCGAUUCCGGGAAGGCUCGGAAGUGCAACUCCCCCCGCCUCGGCGAGGCUGCACUCCCGCCCGGCCACGCCUCCCCCCGGAGCCGCAGGACAGCUUGCUCACAACAACAACCUCGCCCACUUACCCUCGCAUCUGGCCCAGGCCCUGCACACGAUCUCCGCCCCGCCUACCCCGGUCACGACCACGCAUAUUGCCGCCCUUCCCAAUGCGUCUAGUGUUGGGAUGGAACGCUGUCGGAGUUCCGAAGCCGUGCUGUCUCACUCCCACUCACACCUCCCAGUCGCUCCUCAUGUCCAUGAGAACGGUAGCGCGAGUGCGGAUGCGACGCCCCGUCGGCCCCACCCUCUAGCUACACUACCCCCCACACAGGAUCUGCAGGCGCCCAUCGAACUUCCGGGAUCUAACGACGUAUCCCCGCUGUCCUCACCUCUUGGAGCUGACUUCGGCGAUGAUGGACAUAUGGAAAUGGACAUCGACGAAGUAGAAGUUCCUAUGCCCGAACUUGGUCUCCCGACCAGCGAUGAUUCGGGUGUUUGGGGCAUGCCGAAGUGGGGCCUGGAGGAUGAACGUCCUGAGGUCCGACCCGGUGUCCGCCUCGUCGGCAUGGAGGAGCUUCCCACUCUGCUGGAGCGUCACUCGCUGCUCGACACCCCGUCGCAAGUCAUGUUCCCGUGGCUGCACGGCAUCAGCGAUGACGGAGCCAAGGGCAGGGAGAUGGGCGCCUUCUUCGGCUACGGCCCACCCUUCGAGCCGCCUCCUUACCGCGGCUUGUCGCUCGUUCUUGCGCCUCCGCACCCGCAGGACAAGGCGGCGCCAACCACCAGCCCGGCUAUGCCCAUCAACUCGUUGAAGGCUAGCCAGGAGCCAGGCCUCGCUCCUGUCGAGGACGAGGAUGGAGGGGCCGGAUCUUACAACAGCAGCAACGCCGGCAUUUCCUCAUCCCCCACCACGACUGCCGAGUCCCUCGGUCCGGUCACACCGCCGGCAACUGAGCGCAAGCUCAGCGAUGCCGCGGCCAUCGUUUCUGACCUCGAUCUGAACGACCGCGGCGAGCCCUCGUCGUCCGAGGUCGCCAUGCACCCCUGCCAGUCGAAGAGCCCCACUGCUCCCCAGGUGCAGCUGGAUGACUCAUCCGACUCUGAUUCCAGCAGCUACAUUUCGGAGGAUGACCCGGGACCGUCGUGCAUCCUCAUGAACGCGAUCCACUGCCAGGACGUGUUCGAUCUGCCGAUGUUCCCUUCGCAGCCUGGCCGUCGCCCCAGCUACACCCGCACCCCUGCUUUGGAGAAGGACCGCAUCCGUGGUCGUUUCCGUCCCGCGCGUCUGCCGAACCAGAUCAACCUGCGCAACCUGCACAUCCAGCAGAUCAAGUACUGCACCGUCUCGGACAUCAUCCUCUACACUCGUCACGGCGUAACGCCUGGCGCGCUUGACAUCGCAGAGUCAAUUGCCGAGGCCCAAGCCGACCUCUACAAGCAACGCAUGGAGGAGUUCUACUCUCACGUGCAGGGGCGCGAGUCCGGCGAGGGUCUAGACAGGCCCGUCAAGUACGGCGUCUGGGUUCUCGUGGAACCCUUCACCAAGGUCGAGAAGUUCUGCCCUGACCUCGUCAACAUCGACUCGAACGGCAACACGACCGAGAACUCGAAACUCGUCGACCUGUUCGAGCGCGAGGCGUUCGAGAGCCGUGCGAUGACUCACGCGACCGAGGUCCUCGAUGGCUUCUGGGUCGGUAACGACACGGACGUCCCCGGUGGAGCCGACGAUGGAGCCGGUGCGACUGUGCCCUUCGAUAUUUGUGUCAGGGCGUCGGAGUGCUCUGACAUGCCGACCACCGCCCUUCUGGCGCUCGCGUAUCGUUCCCUGCUUGCCCUCGACCGCGUCAAGGCUGCUGAGCAGGGCCACUGGUCCUCGAGCCCGGCCACAGUUGCCCUGCGCAACCUGUUAUCGCCUUCGAACUCGUCUGCCCAGUCUCCGCCUGCGCAGCAGCAGCAGCAGCUGGCGACUUCGCCCGACGAGACUCACAUGUAUGCGCAGCAGCACGCUGCCGAACAUCGCUACGUCACUCUGGACUGCGCCGGUUCCUGCCGCACCCUGAGCGGCCAGCUCCGCAACUUGGCCACCAUGACGGAUAAGGUGAUCGAGCUUGUCAACUUUAUGCGCAAGCUGAUCGAUGGCCGCGACAAGGCAGGUAUCAAGCGCAAGAUCCUCGUGCACUGCCAGGAUGGCUACACCGAAAGCUCGAUCCUCGUCCUCUCGUUCAUCAUGGCGAGCCUCGGCUGCACCCUGCCCGAGGCGUACCUACACUUGCAGCAGAAUGCCAAGCGCAGCUUCUUCCUGUACCCGACCGACAGGCCGCUGCUGCACCGUAUUGAGGCGCGCCUCAUGCAGGAGCGCAGGGAACGCGCCGCCAAGCGCCCGAAUGGCAGCAGCAGCGAGGAGACUUCGCCGACGACGAGCCCGAGCCGCUGGAAGAACUGGACUGGCUUAUUGCGGUACCCGUCCUCUCCGACGUCGCCGGAGCGCACCGAUGGCCGGAAACGUGAGCACGAGGAGGGCCCUGGGCAGCGGGAACGCUCUCCAGAGCGUCCACAGGAGCGGGAAACUCGCGACCGCGUGCGCGGCACCCCGUCGCGGCGCGCCAACGACGCUACGCCGCCCCAGCCCGCCCCGGAGUCCCGCGUGUGGUUCGACGACAAGCGCUUCGACGGCUUCCCAAGCCGCAUCCUCCCGUUCCUCUACCUCGGCAACCUCGAGCACGCCGGCAACGCCUCCAUGCUCAAGUCGCUAAACAUCACGCACGUCGUCAGUGUUGGCGAGAGCCUGCUCGACGGCCACCCCGACUGCGACCCGCUGCACGGCUGGGUCGGUGGAAACACGCUCGCGAAUGCGGCGCGUGCUGGUCAAAUUCAGGUACUCGACCUCACCGAUGUCAGAGACGACGGCAACGACCCGCUCCGCCCUGUCAUCGCUCGCGCGUGCGAGUGGAUGGAGCAAGCCCGCGCCUCGGGUGGAUGCGUUCUCGUCCACUGCCGUGUCGGCGUGUCGCGCAGUGCGAGUAUUGUGAUGGCGUACCUCAUGAAGUACAGGGGUCUUGGUCUCAUUGACGCCUACCUGAUGACGCGAGCGAGGCGACUGAACGUCCUCAUCCAGCCCAACCUGCGCUUCUUCCACGAGCUGUUCGGCUGGGAAGUCGAGCUCGCGCGGAGCGAGGCGGAGGAAGCCGAGCGGAAGCGGCGCGAGGCGCGUGCGCAGGGUGUACUCGACCCGUCGGCACUUGCGCUGCUUUCCGAUCCUCCUCGGCGUAUCCUGUACACCUGGCCGACGUUCUGCCGUGAUCUCCACUGCCUGAACCGCCGCUUCCUGUGCAACUAA